CCGUAGCUCGAAAACUUUCACCUCAAUCUCUCGGCGGCGGUCGUGCUCCAGUAUCUCCUUGUCGGGCUGGCGUUGGCGGUGCUUGAAGUUAUCGAAGUCUUUGGGGUAGGGAGCGGCAUUGUCGCGGGGCUUGAGGAAGGACAGAUUCCGCUGGACGUAGCCAGAGGUGCCACUGCCCCUAGGGGUGGAGAGGCCGACGUUGGACGACAUUGUAGAAAGGAGGUUCUCGCGUUAAGAAGACUGACGGCCACGGGGGGCGGAGGUGUGCGGAGUUUGGAGCACGAGUCAGUUGCCCGCGAUGACUCUAAAUAAUAUUCUAUCUACUCCACCGUGUCCACUUCUUCAAUCAUAAACCUUCCACCACCGUCUUGACUUUGCGCGUACCAGCUUGACGUACCCCCCAACCACACGCAAACAGAGAGUCGCUCAUGGCUACAGCUUCGUCCAGCUCGGCGCCCGCAGACGCGUCGACCGGCCUUACGAAGCUGCCCUUCCCGCCCGUCACCAAGCAGCACAUUCUUAACUGCUCUUUCCAUGCGUGGCAUCCACGCUACCGUGCUAUCACUCCCAAAGCCCGCCUCGUCCCGCUUUCGCCGCCCUUCCUCUCAUACCUUCGCGCCGACGGCAUCAUCCUCCCGCCCGACGAAAACGACCGCACCGACUGGUCUGACUCCGACAGUGGCAUAUUCUCCUCCACAGACAACGCCUCGGAGGCCGAAGAAGACGAGGAUGACGAUCCCUCGACCCAAUGGCGCGACGUCCAUGAGGCUGUCCGAGCAACCAUCGAGGAGCUUGGUGGUAAGGUCGUCCCCAAGCUGAACUGGUCCGCGCCUAAGGACGCAACCUGGAUAGCUGCCACGAAUAGCAUGGAAUGCCGGACACCAAACGAUAUCUACCUGUUAUUAAAGUCUAGCGAUUUCGUCACACACGACCUGGAGCAUGCCUUUGACGACUGCGAUGAAGAUACGCCUGUGGACCAAACAGUAACUCAGAAAGAUUCGAUCCUAUCAUCCGACAGCAUACCAUAUCACCUUGUUCUGCGGAAGCACAUUACACUCAAUCCUUCGGUUGAGUUCCGCUGUUUCGUUCGGCGGCGGAAGCUCAUCGCCGUCUGCCAGCGUGACCUCAAUUACUUUGAGUUCCUGUUCAAGAUGCAAGACAAGCUCCGCGAUCGCAUACAAGAGUUCUUCCAGGUGCGACUACAAGAUUCAUUUCCAGAUGAAAACUUCACUUUCGACGUUUACGUCCCACCCCCACACGACCGAGUGUGGCUUGUGGACAUAAAUCCGUGGGCGCAGCGAACCGACCCUCUUCUCUUCAGCUGGCUAGAGCUACUCACCUUGCCUGAACCUCCAGAGCCAAGCACAUCAGAGGUCGUUUCUCCUCCCUUGGGCUCCCAAAGCAAAUACGGUCAAGACCCUGCCUCUGCCAAGUCUACAAGAGAAGACCAAGGGGACCAAACAGACUCCGAAUCCGAAGAUGACGAAGAAGGAGAAGAGAUGUUCGCCCCUGAGUUUCGCCUCGUGCAUAGAGACGAUCCAGAAGCAUACGGUUUCACCACGCCGCAGUAUAGCGCCCACAAACUGCCACGCGAUGUUGUUGAUGCAAGUAGAGGCGGGGAAGGAAGCAUGAGAGAAUUUGCGGAUAAGUGGAAGGAAGUACUGGCAAAACAACAUGAGGAAGACGGACAGGAUAGCGGAGAUGAGUAAUAGGAAAUGCAGUAAUGCAAGAACACGCAGAAGUCCACAGCACUUAAUUUCGGGAGAUGUGACACAAAAAUGAAUUCAGAAGACAAUGUAUAAUGCUCACCAUCCCAUGAAUUUUCGGAAGAUGCUCCAUCCACAGUACAGCCAGGCCGUGUUAGUAAGAUAUUAUUCAACAAUAUAAACGUCUAACAGCAGUGCUUUAGGUUGGUGUUAUAUAAGUUCGCUAAAUAGGAUCGGGGCAUUCCAAUCUAUAAUAGGGGUAUAUAGAAG